ACUUUUGCCCAGUUCCAGGGCUGGGGGUGGGAGGCAGUGGGAGGAGUCCAGUUCUCAGCAGAGAGCACUUGAUGCCGAGUUCAGCACAGAGGAAGCAGGUGUCCUGCUGGGCUCAGCUUGGAGGAAGCAGGUGUCUGUCACUGUGUGACCGUUAUCUUAUGUGAAGGAGGCCCGGGGCUCCUCGAUGAACGUUUCCAUGGCACAAGGACCCCGUUCCACUUGACACCCGGGCAUCUGACUCUUGAGGGGGAGCAUCCAGAUUGGAGCUGCGGCGAGGAGUCAGGCCUUGUGCCAGUUUCGGGGGACGGCGUGGAGCCACGAAGCAUGAGGGUGAGCCUGGGCUCGUUCUUCUGGUUCCUUCUGGUUGCUGCUGCUCUGCCGCAGGCCCUGGCGGAAAUUCACAAUGGAGUUGCCUACCUCACGGCGGUGGGCAGGGAGGGCGGCCCCUUCACGUUGAUGGUAGUGGUGCGGCUGGAUGGACAACAAGUGUUAUACUAUGACAGCACCCGGCGGGAGCUGGUGCUCAAGCUGGGCUGGCUGUACCGGGCCUUGGGGGCCAGGAGGAUCCGAGAGAAGCAGCAGAAGCUGAAAGCCUACGAGGAGGAUUUCCGCUGGGCCGUGGAAAACUGGAUGAGUAAACACAAUGAGAGUGGAGGGACCCAUAUUGUGCAAGUCCUUGUGGGCUGUGAGAUGGACGGCGACACCCAGGUGGGCAGCUCAUUCAAGUUCGCCUACAAUGGGAUGGACUUCUGUUGGCUGGACGAGCUGCAGGGGGGCUGGGUGGCUGCCAGCCCGGCUGUACUCCGCUUCGAGCCCUUCCAGCAGGAGAGCACCUUCUGGUCCAAGGGCGUGAGGAGCUACGUCAAGGAGGAGUGUGUCACCUUGAUGAGACAUGCCCUGCGCUACUGGCAACUCAGAGAGCUCUCACCCCCGGAGGUGACCGUGACCCGCAAAGAUGCCCCGGACGGUAGCCUGACCCUCUCCUGCCUGGCCACUGGCUUCUACCCCAGCUCCAUCCUUCUGCGUUGGGUGAAGGAUGGAGAGAAGGGGCUGUGGGGAGAAGAGAGCUCCAGUGGGACCCUCCCCAACGCCGACGACACCUUCUACCUCCGCCAGACCCUGGAGUUGCGGGCAGAGGUUGGGGACUCCAGCUACGUCUGCCUGGUUGAGCACAGCACCUUGGGAGUGCCCACCGCCUAUCCAGCCCCAAGGAAACCCACAUGGUGGAUACCCUGGAGUCUGGCGCUGGGCGUGGCGGCUGCCGCUGGGCUAGUGCUGAGCCCGGCUGUGGGCUUCAUCCUGUGGAGGAAGAAGAAACAAGGCCUCCAGGUCCAGGACCUGACUGCUGAGAGAGAGAUGAUCCCGAUGAAUCAACCUGAAGUACUUCUUCUGGAGCUGACCAAUCCCGGAGCCUUCCCUCACACUGAGGCUGGGGCGGCCCAAAGUCCCCAAGAGGGAGACAGGAGCAGUCACUAGCAAGGCUCUUUGGAAGCUGGAGGGAGGGAGGUUAAGAAUCAGUGAUAAAGCUUUGGGGGUCCCUUACCCUUCAGCGGGAGACCCAAAGGGGAGAAAAUAGGUCUAUGUAGGGACUGGAGCUGGGGUUCCCUAAGAGCUGAGGAGGCUGAGACCCCAAAGUUGCCUUGGGUCUGGAGGGCAUCAUUGGAGCUGCAGGACCCUCCCAAUUUUCCCAGUUAGAUCGAGGGCCAGGGUACUGGGGGUCGCCACCCCAACACACACACACACGCGCACACACACACACACACACACACACACACACACACACCCCUGGGAUCCAGGAGAAAGGACCUGGGAAUUUGGAAAGGGCUACGUCCCCUGGCCAGAUUGAGGCUGAAGCAGGGAGUCUCCAUCCAGGAGUCAAGCAGGCUCCACCCACUGAGACCCAGCAUUGGUGGGCUCCAGCUUUAACUCCCCCAGCCCUCUCCACCUCUGCCACCCAGGGCCGGGGACCACUGGAAAAGGAUCAGUCCUUUCUGGUGCCACCACUAAUAGGCACAUCUAGUCCUGGUCCCAGAGCCCUGCCCCUAGCUCCUGACUUUCAGCACUGAAGCUCUCUCUCUCCCAUCCUCCAGCUCCAAGAGAGGGAAAUAAGGAAGUGGGAGUUCAAAUGAGAGUAAAUAGAGUGAAGGGCACUGGAGACUAUGUUUUGGAAGACUGAAUGGGGCAGUCAGAUGUCAGGAUGGGGAAAGUGAAGGAGGAUGGGUGAUCAAGCUGAGAGGGAAUAAUGAAAAUAAUAAUGAUAA